AUUGCUUUCAUUCUCACUCUUUUCCUCCUAAUGGCACACAAUAUUCUUCUUCAUCAUCAUCAUCAUCUUCUUUUUCAUCAUCAUCAUCAUCAUCUUCUUCUUCUUCUUCUUCUUCUUCUUCUUCCUUUGCAGAUUGGCAGCCAUGGCAGCAGCCUGUAUAAUUCAAACCCCAUUUCUCCCUUCUUCCCUCAGCCACACCCAAACACAGCUCCAUUCUCACUCCUCCAUUGCAAUGCCAAGAGGAGUAAGAAGAAGAAGAACAUCAUCAACACCACAUGAUCAGAGGGGUAGUCUAACCAAGUGCAAUAUCAGCCUAGGCGACUUCAUCGGAGGGGACCUGGUCCGGUUCGAUCUCGGCCAGUGGCUGUCCGACGUCGAGGAGCACAAGGCCCUUGCUAUAUACCCCCCGCACGAAGGCGGGUACGAGGGCCGCUACCUCAACAGGCUUAUCUACAAGGGGUACCACUUCUUGGACCUGUCCGCGCGCGGAUUGGGCGAUCCCGAGACCACCCUCACCAAGUUCCAUCCUGUUUGCCCUGCUCAUGUCGGGAAGCAGCCUAUCGCGAGAUGGUACUUUCCUCCGGAAGUGGAUUACCGGCUCUCGUUGCUCCCUCCCAACGCCAAAGGGCUCGUGGUUUGGAUCAUUGAAGCCAAGGUUUUGUCGAAGGCUGAGCUGCAGUUUCUUGCUAUAUUGCCGACGUUGAGGCCGAGAGUCAGAGUUAUUGCAGAAUGCGGCAACUGGAGAAAGUUCAUGUGGAAGCCAUUGAAAGAAAUUGCAGAAUUACCAGCAACGGGAAGCGCAUAGAUGUUCACCAAGGUGAAUGAGAAAACGGAGGAUAAACAUCAUUGCAGUAACUCUAUUUGUGUAUAAACUGGAUUUCAUCGAUGCAACAAAAUACUCCCUCCGUCCACUUGUAAAGUUUACAUUUAUUUUUUGCGUGUUAAUAUUUGAAUAUGAAUUAUUAUAUGAAAA